CUUGAUCGCAGAGAGUGUUGUAUGUGAGAGUGUGGUAGGGCUGGAGUGAGUGAACCGCCGAUGAAUAAGACUGGUAUCAAGAGUUAGUCCUGCCUCCUGUGUGUUAAGAUGACCAAGCUGGGCUUCCUGCGUCUGUCCUAUGAGAAACAGGACACCCUGCUGAAACUGCUCAUCCUGUCUAUGGCAGCCGUCCUGUCGUUCUCCACCAGACUGUUCUCUGUUCUUCGGUUCGAGAGUGUCAUCCAUGAGUUCGAUCCUUAUUUCAAUUACCGGACCACUCGGUUCUUGACAGAAGAGGGUUUUUACAAAUUCCAUAACUGGUUUGAUGAUCGGGCUUGGUAUCCACUUGGGAGGAUUAUAGGAGGCACCAUCUAUCCCGGGUUGAUGAUCACAUCUGCGGCUUUGUAUCACGUUCUACACUUCUUCCACAUCACCAUCGACAUCCGCAAUGUGUGUGUGUUCCUCGCCCCUCUCUUCUCCUCCUUCACCGCUAUCGUCACCUACCACUUCACAAAAGAGCUCAAGGAUGCGGGUGCAGGGCUUCUGGCUGCCGCCAUGAUCGCUGUCGUCCCUGGAUACAUCUCCCGUUCUGUGGCAGGCUCUUAUGACAAUGAAGGUACUAUCUUGUCUCAGAGAUAUGUUUUGUUUUUGUAUUGGCUUAUGCUAGGGAAAAUUUCACCUUGGACUGGCCGUUUUUACUCUCUGCUGGAUCCAUCGUACGCCAAGAACAACAUCCCCAUCAUCGCCUCCGUGUCUGAGCACCAGCCCACCACCUGGUCCUCCUACUACUUUGACCUGCAGCUUCUGGUCUUCAUGUUUCCAGUUGGCCUUUAUUACUGCUUUAACAACCUCUCCGAUGCCACGAUUUUCAUCAUCAUGUAUGGCGUCACCAGCAUGUACUUCUCAGCUGUGAUGGUGCGUCUCAUGUUAGUCUUGGCUCCCGUCAUGUGCAUCCUGUCAGGCAUUGGCGUUUCUCAGGUCCUCACCACCUACAUGAAGAACCUGGAUGUCAGCCGACCGGACAAGAAGUCCAAAAAGCAGCAGGACUCCACUUACCCAAUCAAAAAUGAGGUGGCAAGUGGGAUGAUUCUGGUCAUGGCGUUUUUCCUCAUCACAUACACCUUCCACUCCACCUGGGUGACCAGUGAGGCGUACUCCUCCCCGUCUAUUGUGCUCUCCGCCCGUGGUGGUGAUGGCAGCCGCAUCAUCUUCGAUGACUUCAGAGAGGCAUAUUACUGGCUCAGACACAACACACCAGAGGAUGCUAAAGUCAUGUCGUGGUGGGAUUAUGGGUAUCAAAUAACAGCGAUGGCCAAUCGAACGAUUCUGGUUGACAACAACACUUGGAAUAACACUCACAUCUCCAGAGUGGGUCAGGCUAUGGCCUCCACUGAGGAGAAAGCCUAUGAGAUUAUGCGAGAACUGGAUGUUAGUUACGUCCUGGUGAUCUUUGGUGGACUGACAGGAUAUUCAUCUGAUGACAUUAAUAAGUUCCUGUGGAUGGUCCGUAUCGGGGGCAGCACGGACACAGGGAGGCACAUAAAGGAACAUGACUACUACACGCCCACCGGAGAGUUCCGCGUGGACCGCGAGGGGUCCCCCGUCCUGCUCAAUUGCCUCAUGUACAAGAUGUGCUAUUAUCGCUUCGGCCAGGUUUACACUGAAGCCAAGCGUCCUCCUGGUUACGACAGAGUUCGUAAUGCUGAGAUUGGCAACAAGGACUUUGAGCUGGAUGUGCUGGAGGAAGCGUAUACUACAGAGCACUGGCUCGUCAGGAUAUACAAGGUCAAAGACCUUGACAACCGUGGCCUCUCAAGAACGUAAAACCCAGAAACUCAAAAUCCCACCCCCCUCUUCUGAACACACAGCACCGAACAUCUGCGGGCCCCAUCCCAUGAUCUGAGGAGAAAGCGUGUAGAUUUUUUAUACUUUUGUUGUAAUUGCUGAAAGAGAUUUUCUUUUCUUACCUUUGUUUUCUUGGUUUGUUUUUUUUAAAUUUGAUUGUGAAAUGUGAUGUUUACUGGGGCCAGAAGGUGUCAAAUUAUCACCUGAAAAGGUGAGAAUAAUGUUCAUAAGUCAUUUCUGCAAUCAGCUGGCCAGAUAACUGUUUGAUUUGUCUUUAAUGGGUGAAUAAAGGAGUGAAUGGGAUU